GUUCCAGGUUUCAUUACGAGGAAAAACUGCUAGAGAAAGUAAUCAGGUCAGAAAUUAAAAUGGAUGCGUUUGAUGAAUCAUUAAAGAAGACAAUUGGUUAUGUGAAAGAAUAUAUUCAGACGAUUACAGGCCUAACAAAUAAAGUACAGAAGCUGCAGAGUCAAAUAGAAUCAACCAAAUCAGUUGAGGUCAUGAGCAGUGGAAUAUACAUACGAUGGGGUCGGCGGUCAUGCCCUGGAAGCGCGGAACUGGUGUACGAAGGAUUUGCUGGUGGUGGACAUUACACAAACAAAGGAGCGAGCAGUGGUUACAUUUGUCUGCCAAAGGACCCAAUCUUUGAAAGCGAUGGACGAAAAGCGGGUUCCGGUAGCACAGUUUACGGUGCUGAGUAUGAAACAAAUACUGCAACAUUUCACACCAGUUUACACGACGAAGACGUUCCAUGUGCCGUCUGCCGCGUUGUAGGAAGAAGCGUUGUCAUGAUUCCCGCGAGGAAUGUUUGUUAUAGCGGAUGGCAUACCGAGUAUUCUGGAUAUUUGAUGUCGGAUCAUGACGGUCAUCCUGGAAACAAGGAACUCGUUUGCAUGGACGGAAACCCUGAAAAGGCGGAAGGAAGUGAUGCUGGAGACCAGAAUGGUGCGCUGCUUUACUUUGCUCAAGCUAUUUGUGGCUCGUUAAAGUGUCCUCCAUAUAGCGAGAACAAGGCGUUAACAUGUGUGGUGUGUUCUAAAUAG